UAGUAGCCUGGGUUUGUCUGAGUGGAGGAGGGCUUAACUCUCUUUCACUCGCUCUACCCCUUCCUCUGUCUAUUACAGUACAUGCUCUUAUGUGCUUUAGCUCUGGCUAGUGCUCUCUCUCUCUCUCUCACUCACACUCUCUCUCUCUCUCUGCUCGGCCUCUGGAACAAUGACAGUCGCUACUGCAGACACACACAAUAUGCCAGCGUUGCUGCUGCUACCACUGCUACUGCUGCACUAGGAUGGCCCUGACGUCUCAGCACUGAGCCUCAGAUAGAGAGAGUUCUAGAGACGACACACAUCCCUUCUUUACCUCCUCCUCUGCCUCUUCUCUUGGUGGGGAGAAAGGCUGUAACUGCAGCACGAGGCUGGCCCAGCUGACACUGGGACUAGGAGCAGUGACUGGCUGGCAGAGGCGCUCUGUGCUUGGGACAUUUUCUCAUUACCGUAUGUUCAUAGGGUUUAUUCCAUAUUGAUCCCAGACAUUCCCCACACAGGAGCUCUGGAACGUCUAGGAUGCUGUGACAGGGUGCUUUCCCUAUGAGGUGAUGAUCAGGGAAGAGUGGAGAUGAACUGGAAGAAAGGAGGGAUGCUAUUUUUUGCCAGAGAUCUGUAAAUGCGGAGCUCUGUCGACGUGGGCUGGUGUGCUUUGUUUAUCGUGUGUGAAUUGUGGAGCGGGUCUGAAGGCCAUCAUAACUAAACUUUGUCCUUUCUGCACAUUGUAGAGCCAGCCUGACAGGUAGUAAUGGAGUCUGAGGAGACAGAGCUGAGAGAUUGUGAUGAGGCCUUUGAGUCAGAAGAGGGCGAUGUGGAGCCAUACCUGGAGGAGCCGGCGAGCAGCAGGGAGCUCCUAGAGAGGCUCAGGGAGCUGGAGGCUGAUAAUUCAGUCCUGGCCCUUGCUAAUGAGAGCCAGAGAGAGGCCUAUGAAAGGUGUCUGGAUGAGGUUGCCAACCACGUGGUACAGGCCCUUCUGAGUCAAAAGGACCUGCGGGAGGAGUGUAUUAAGUUGAAGAUGCGUGUGUUUGACCUGGAGAGACAGAACAGAACUCUGACUGAGCUCUUUGCCCAGAAACUACACCCCCAGGAUAGCUCUCUGCAACAGUUGCAGUUGGUGUCUGUCCCAGAGCACAGUACAGAGCCCCUGACCAUGGACAGUGACAAGCUGCUGGUGUCCCAGAGCCAAAGGGAACUCAAGAGCAAUGGGGACCACACACAGAACGGAACAGCCGGCUUGGCCCCGGCCCCUGCCACCUCCAUAGAGGCCCUGUCUCCGUUCUUCAAAAAGAAAGCACACAUCCUGGAAGUAUUGCGCAAGCUGGAGGAGUCGGACCCCCUCAAGUUCCACCCCUCCUCCUGCCUGUCCCCACACCACGACCUGGGUCAGGCGCUGGUUUCCAUGGAAAGAGACCAGAUGUCCCUGAUGUCCUCUGUGGGGUUACCCUCUUCUCAGCGCCUGGUAGCACAUCCCUCGUCACGCUGCCGCUUCUCCAGCUCAGACUCAGACAUCCAUGAUUAUACCAACAGAGAAGGGGCUCUCCAGGAGGACCAUGCCCUGCACAGACAGCACCAGCACAGGGACUGCCAGUCCUGCCAAAUGCUCUCCCAGAAGAGUAGCCUGGACAGCCUGCUGAAGUGUGCCCAGGGCCACGGCACCGCACACCCGGGCAGAGUGGAGAGCCUCAACGGGCAGGCCUGGGCAGAGGAACAGGGGGCAUUGGCACAGAGCACAGGCCUUCCCCAGGCAGCAGAUCUCCCCCACCUCCUCCCCACUGGCAGCACAAGCCAGUGCUACAUGCACAAAACAGCAGUGGACUUUCUAGAGCAGCCUCCAGAAUUUCUGGUUUCUUCUGAUCCAAUCUCCUCGCUAAUCCAAGCCAACCUCAACGGGAUGCUACGGAAGGAGACCAGGAACUUUCAAAGACACAAAGACAGGCAUCCGUUUGGCAAACCGCUGCCUCGGGCUGAGGUGCAACCCUCUCACAGUGAGGAUGUGAAGCACAUAAAGGCAGUCAUGGUAACGUCGCUGACCCAAAACAGGGACAGUCCGGAGGAGUGCUGUUACCUGGAAGAAGAGGCCGCAUCAGUGGCACACAAUGUGAACAACAGCCUGCACACCCCUACCUCACAUACAGACCCUGUUGCCACGGAGACGGACCCAGGGUAUCAAGAGGAGCAGGAAGUGAGCGAGCAGGUCUGCAACGGGCUCUACUUCUCCUCCAAUGAGACGUCUGUCUGCACAAAGGUGGCGGUGGAGUUGUACUCUCCAGCCCCGGUUCCCGAGAGGACCAGCUCAGCUCAGGCCCUGCCUCCCUCUGGCAAGAGCAAGCUUGCACUCAGCCCCACCUUUUCCUCAGGCCUGGGUGAAGUCAAGCCCUCCCCCAUUUCCUCCCCGUCCCGGCUGCUCAAGUUCCUGAAGAUCCCGACGGGGAUGAACCAGGCACAACCAGGCAACACCCUCCGUCUAAGUCCCCAGCUCACCCGCAGCUCCAAGAUCCCCUGCAGGAACAACAACAACUAUGAGGUGUACCACUCACCUGUCCUGACCCGCAAAGCCACCACCACGGAGAGGGAGAAGCAGCUGUCCUCAUCCCCCUACCCUGCCACGCACUCUGCCCCCACCUCGCCACCCAAGCCAGAGGACAGCGCGGGCCCCCCUCCCACAGUCAAGGAGAUAGCUUUCAGCAGCCACUUUGCGCCCAAACCCAGCCACAGUACAAAGGCAGCCCCCUCCUCCUCCUCUUCUCACACACAAAGGGGUUCUCAGAAGGUGGCCCACUACGAGAAAGUCUGCACGUCAGAUGGGACGCCCCAGUACCUCCCUUACACCCAACCCGAGGGGCCUGUAGACAAGCAGCAGCAGGAGGAGAACCUCCUCAGCCACCCAUCUUCACAGCACCCUGACUCAUCCCCAGAACCAGAUGACCAGGACACUGACCAGGACACUGACCAGGACACUGACCAGGACACUGACCAGGGCACUGACCAGGGCACUGACUCAGAAAGCCCUGUCUGGCACAAGCCCCACCAACACUUCAGCCUACCCUCCUCGUCCUCCGCCGCUGCUAGUAAAGCGCACAGUAGUCGCCCCAGCUACUCCAGCAUGAGAGACAGGCACCAGGAGCACCGUGCCACUCUGGAGCCCAGUCAGCCAAUCUGUGAACCCCCCCAGCCAACCCAGUCUGCAGCCAGGCAAGGUGACCGGUCGCCUGGGUCUUCCACCCCCAAGAGGCUGGUGCAGGGAAAACCCCAGAGUGAGUCCAGUCACCACCCAUUCAAAGAGCGCCUGGCUGCUCUGGGGAAACUGAAGAGCACAGAGAACCUGCCAGUAGGCGCACAGUCCAUGGACAAGAAGGAUGCACAAAGUAACGUGGGUAAACCCCCCACCAACAAUAUUGAGAAAAGCAAGACUGCUGAAAGGCAAGGUGAGAGAACUGGGACAGAGCAGCACAGACAUCAGAAAUACACUGAUUCCCUGGAAGGGAAGCAAUACCCCAAAACCAGCCUCUGCAGUCACCCCAGGGUGCCAGGUCUAAUACAUGAAUCAGGCGCCAAAUCAUCAGCUACCCCAUCAUCCAUACCCAAGGGAGAGCAGGAGUCAUCAUUCUCUCCCCGGAUAUAUGUAGCGAAAGCAGAUGGUCCAAAGAUCAAGAUGGGCACAUUAUCCUCCAAUACAGAGACCCCUUCAGUGGUGAGGAACUAUGGGAAGUGCCCCAUCACCCGGAGCCACCACAGUAAAACUGCCCCUAGCCCCCAAAACAGCCCCACUAAAGUUCCCUCAAAGUCCCCUUCAAAGGUCGGCCAGGCUUCCUCUUACCCCCGAGGGGUCAAGCCUGCUCACGAGGACCGCGCCCUGGCUCAGAGACACCCGCCCAGGCUGGAGGACAAAAGCAAACUCUUGGCCAGCAAGAAGAAGACCUUUGUCCAUGCAGAGAGCUUCCCGCCUCCUCCUCCUCUGCCACCGCGGUCGUCUACUGAAGCCAUCGUGAAAAAUGACAAGAAGCAGUACUCGUCCGGCCCACCAGUGCCCCAGUCAGCCAUCGAGCAGAAAGUAAUGCGUGGCAUCGAGGAGAACAUGCUUAAGCUGCAGGAGCAGGACCGGGGCCAGUUGGUUGAGCCCAAGCAAAAGGCUUCCAACGGCAUCGCCAGCUGGUUCGGCCUGAGGAAGAGCAAGCUCCCCGCCCUCAGCCGUAAACCAGAAGUGUCCAAGCUCAAGAACAACAUGUCGUCCUCUCCUUCGUCGUCUUCUGCCUCCGGCGGAGGGGCUAAGGACUCUAAGUCAGGUGGGCCCCGGAAGGUGGUGGAGAGCCUGAACAUCUCCAUGCUGAUGGAGAAGGCAGAGGACCUGCGGAAGGCAUUGGAGGAGGAGCGGGCGUAUGUGAACGGGGUCGGGAUGGACCGCUCCGGCAGGGGGCACUCCUGUGAGGUGGUGAUGGACCAGGCCCAGGGCCAACUGUCACUCAUGUACAGAGGAGUGACCGCAGACAACUUCAUGCAGCAGCUCCUCAACAGUCCCUCGACGUCUUGUUCUGGAAACAGGGUGGACGAGAGAGGAGCUAUACCUACCACCUUUGGAAUGGCACAAAGGCGCCUCUCCUUUGACUCGAAGAGGUCGCGGCCCAUCUUCGGUCACCAGAGGGAUGGGAUCAGCCACACAAAGAGCAGGGACGAGAUGGACCAGGCUUCUGAUAUGAUUGGCAAGGAUGAGGUCACAUCAGACGAGAGCUUGGCAGAGUCCAUUAGUUCCCAGCACAUUACAGGUUCUGGUGCAUCCAUGCGUACCCUCGACAGUGGCAUCGGCACGUUCCCCAUGCCAGACUAUGCCAGUAACGCAGCAGGGAAGAGCAUCACUAAGGGGAAGCCACCUGGAGAGCAAGGGUUUUCAGGCUCCCAUGGGAAACAUGGGGCCAAGAUGAAAGUUCCACGGAAGGCCCAUACGCUGGAGAGAGAGCUGUCAUCUCUGGAUGAAGUCAACCCAUCUAUCCUGUAUGGCUCAGGACUGGAGGGAAAAGGUCCCAACAUGCACCUGUCCAGCACCAUCCAUGAGGACAUUGAUGCCUACGGGGCUCAUAUGCAAAAUCCCCCAACCAAGAACUGGACCUUUCCCAACCUGAAAGGCUCUGCAGGAGUCAGUGAUGUUUACCUGGAUGUGCAGGGAGACCCGGGCAGCCAGAGGACCCCCUCCAGAAGGAGUUUGAAACAGUGUGUCCCCCAGGGCCCCCUGGCUGCUGACCCAGGCAGCCUCCCCCUGCCACCCCAGACGGGGCUCAGCCCACGGGGUAAGGGGAGGACGCCCAGCGCCCCAGAGGUGGGGAAGGACGGAGGACUGGAGCUGGUGAAGGAGAGACCAGAAGAUAUCAUGUCCCCGAGAGAGACGGCCGAAUCCCUCAGUGACUCCCUCUACGACAGCCUGUCCUCCUGUGGCAGCCAGGGCUGACAGGCCCAAGGACCCAUGGACAGAGAGGGGAGCAGAGAGAGACGGACCGACCGAUACCCUUUAAACCCCUGCUAUGAGGCACACCCAUCCCUUCUUGUAGUGGUGGGACCAGCCCCUGAGGCAGACCGAGUUGAAUUACCUCCUCCCUCCUCCCUCUUCCACAUACACCUCUUUCUGCUGACCCUCUCUGUGUUACUGAGAUCUGGUUAAUACCGCUGGAAAACUCACCCUCAGGUUGACUGAUGUUCACAUACAUAAUUUGAGGAACUAGGCUGAGAAUUGGACACUGUUGUCCUCCAAGCAACAAGCAUCAUACGACAGACCAGCGCAACUCAAAUGUACACACAUACACAUAUACAGUUGAGGUCGGAAGUCUACAUACACCUUAGCCAAAUACAUUUAAACUCAGUUUUUCACAAUUCCUGACAUUUAAUCCUCGUAAAAAUUCCCUAUCUUAGGUCAGUUAGGAUCACCACUUUAUUUUAAGAAUGUGAAAUGUCAGAAUAAUAGUAGAGAGAAUGAUUUAUUUCAGAUUUUGUUUCUUUCAUCACAUUCCCAGUGGGUCAGAAGUUUACAUACACUCAAUUAGUAUUUGGUAGCAUUGCCUUAAAAUUGUUUAACUUGGGUCAAAUGUUUCAAGUAGCCUUCCACAACCUACCCAAAAUAAGUUGGGUGAAUUUUGCCCCAUUCCUUCUGACAGAGCUGGUGUAACUGAGUCAGGUUUGUAGGCCUCCUUGCUCGCACACGCUUUUUCAGUUCUGCCCACAAAUUUUCUAUAGGAUUGAGGUCAGGGCGUUGUGAUGGCCACUCCAAUACCUUGACUUUGUUGUCCUUAAGCCAUUUUGCCACAGCUUUGGAAGUAUGCUUGGGGUCAUUGUCCAUUUGGAAGACCCAUUUGCGACCAAGCUUUAACUUCCUGACUGAUGUCUUGAGAUGUUGCUUCAAUAUAUCCACAUCAUUUUUCUUCCUCAUGACCUCAUGAUCCGAUCUAUUUUGUGAAGUGCACCAGUCCCUCGUGCAGCAAAGUACCCCCACAACAUGAUGCUGCCACUGCCACCCCUGUGCUUCACGGUUGGGAUGGUGUUCUUCGGCUUGCAAGCCUCCCCCUUUUUCCUCCAAACAUAACGAUGGUCAUUAUGGCCAAACAGUUCAAUUUUUGUUUAAUCAGACCAGAGAACAUUUCUCCAAAAAGUACGAUCUUUGUCCCCAUGUGCAGUUGCAAACCGUAGUCUGGCUUUUUUUAUGGUGGUUUUUGUGGAGUGGCUUUUUCCUUGCUGAGCGACCUUUCAGGUUAUGUUGAUAUAGGACUCGUUUUACUGUGGAUAUAGAUACUUUUGUACCUGUUUCCUCCAGCAUCUUCACAAGGUCCUUUGCUGUUGUUCUGGGAUUGAUUUGCACUUUUCGCACCAAAGUGCGUUCAUCUCUAGGAGACAGAACACGUCUCCUUCCGAUGCGGUAUGACGGCUGCGUGGUCCCAUGGUGUUUAUACUUGCGUACUAUUGUUUGUACAGAUGAACUUGUGGUACCUUCAGGCGUUUGGAAUUUGCUCCCAAGGAUGAACCAGACUUGAUGAGGUCUACAAUUUGGCUGAUUUCUUUUGAUUUUCCCAUGAUGUCAAGCAGAGGCACUGAGUUUGAAGGUAGGCCUUGAAAUACAUCCACAUGUACACCAUUUGACUCAAAUGAUGUCAAUUAGCCUAUCAGAAGCUUGUCAAAGCCAUGACAUAAUUUUCUGGAAUUUUCCACGCUGUUUAAAGGCACAGUCAAAUUAGUGUAUGUGAACUUCUGACCCACUGGAAUUGUGAUAGAUAGUCUGUAAACAAUUGUUGGAAAAAUUACUUGUCAUGCACAAAGUAGAUGUCCUAACCCACUUGCCAAAACUAUGGUUUGUUAACAAGAAAUUUGUGGAGUGGUUGAAAAACGAGUUUUAAUGACUCCAACUUCAGUGUAUGUAAACUUCCGACUUCAACUGUACACACACACAGUAGGGUUGGGCGGUAUCCAGAUUGUAAUACCUUCAAGCCGUCCUUGUGCCAUACCGGGAUAUUUGGUAAUAUUGCCACUGGACAGAAGGGUCACUAUUUUCAAACCCCACUGAGCCUAAUCCGAAGGUUAGCAAUGCUAACAAGUACAUGUCAAGUCCCAUAGAGAAUACUAACUAAAUGCUAAUGAGCACAUUGCGAACAUUUUAUACAGUCUCUGACCUAAACUGUUUUCAGGACAGAUAUCCCAGCUCAUAAAGUUAUACAAGUAAAUGCUACUCACAGUUUGCUGCAUGCACAAAACAAAUAUUAGACAGCAAGGCUCUUGAUCCAGGACUGGAUUCUCUGCUGUUACUGGCAAGCAAAGCUUGAUUUUGGAAGAAGCUAACCACUUAGCUAGAUCGCUAACUAGCUACUGCAGAGAAUUUAGCACAAAGGUAACUUAAUAGUUAAAGAUAUCUAGCUGGCAAACAUUUAGUUGGGAAUUUCAUACUUUAACUAGAUGGCACGUGCUGCACAACAGUGAGUGACUCACAAGGCUCCGGUCAUUGUGUGCUUGUAAACAAACACCACGUGUCUGGGUACUACCAGUUAUCUUUAUAAUGAAUAAUUAUCUAUCAGGUGAAAUGAAGUGUGUUGACUGUGUUGAAAGACAUCCCGUGGCUAUUUCCAAAUACCUUGGUAUACGGUAUACCGCCCAAGCCUAACACACACCAACGAGAUGCAUGGAAAAAACAUCACCUAGUUCGAGACAGCCACACGCUCGCUAUGGCCUGGAUCUGAAGAAUCGUUGUUAAAUCAUGUAACUGGGAUCAUUGGUCCCCAAGAAGUGGCUGGUAUCAGGGGUUUAUAUUGUCUGCCCUGGAUGUAGACAUGUUUCGGUCACAUAGAACUGGGCUGCCUUUAACGCCAGAAAAAAAACAUGUUACCGUCCAUUAAAUGUGAUGCAAUGUGGUGACCGAUCAUAAAUAUGUCAUAGACUUCCAUGGUUUCAGUUGUAAUGUAAUUUUUUUUUUUAACUGUUGUGCUUUGUCAUAUGUUAUAUAUCAUGUUACUUUAACCCUUUACACUCAUACACGUAUACGGGUUGAAAAUAGCAGAUUUGGGCACUGAUAAACGCCUAAAAUGGAAUGCAGUGGCUGUAAAGUAAUAUGCUAGACAUAACGUCAGAGCUCCGGCUCUGUGCUUGACAGCGCUGUAUGGGUUUUGACUGACAGCCGUUCUGAACUUGAGCACCCCCCCGCAACAAGAAGUUGUCCCCAGCCCUCCUGCUAAUUGGGCAACAUUUGCACAUUUUUGUUGUCUGAGUGAGGGAAAUUCUGUAAAUUAAGAGGACUCGAUGUAUUUUGAAAGACGGAUUAUAAUAAAUACAGCUUUGAUGUCAUACAAGCAAGCCAAACACCCAUGAAUCAAAAUGUGCACUUCACAUUUCCAUAGGAUAAAACUCAUGUCAUAUACAGUGUUAAUGUUUAUGAUCAAUAUGUUUGAUGUACAGUUACAAGAUGUUCUGAACAGAAUAAGCCUAUGUUUUGUCUAUUGUAUAGAAAACGUGUCGCGGCACACGCACUCAUGACUCCUUUCUAUGCGCACCAAAAUGACGAUCUGUUUCCCUGAAUUCCAUUGUAAAACCCUAACACUGUAAUAUUGUAUUUUAUAACUUAGCUAGUCAUGUUGGUAAUAGAACAAGCUUUCAAAUGAUGCCCACCUGACCCAGACUGCAAUUUAUAAUGAACUGGUUUUGGAUUGCAUUAAAAACAACAGUAAUUGUGUGAGGGUGGGGAUGCAGGGUUGCGUUCCAACCUAAACAACUACAAAUGUGCUUGCUUUAGUUCCUGAACGGCACAGCUAGGAGAGCUCAAAUAGCACCUUAUAGUUGAAGACUCUUAUUUGAGUAAUAAAAGUGCAUUGAAAUUACUUAGGAACUGUGCACACUUUGGAGAGGUGUGUAGCCACUCACUCAAACCGUUGUCAUUGUUUUGUCUCAUGUUGCACCUACCCCACAAUUUCCAGGAAUAUUCUUAUCAUGUUACUGAAUGUAUCCAGAGUAUUUUCAGAUUUCGUUAUCAACGAAUGCGGCUAAAAGUACAGUAUAUGUAAAAUUCUCAUAUAAUCAAGUGUAAUGUUUGGAUCCAGUCUUGUGUCAGAUGAACUGUUGUCCUCCCCUUUGGUCAACUAAUUUCCCCAUAAUCUCCAUAACUGUUCCCUUUCACUUGCUACCAUGGUUAUGCAUUUCAUAUUUCUUCUGUAAGAAACAUUUCAAUUUAGCCCUAUCCAUCUAGGCCAAGUCCCAUGAGUGUAAAGGGUUAAGUUAAAAAAAAAGUGUGGGUAUGUAUGGAUCGAUGGAUGAGUGUACGUGAGUGAGACUUAAUGCAGUGUCUCCACAAUUGCUUUGACCAUUUAAAUGAGCUCUUGAAGUUCACACUUUCCCUGAAGCUGCCAUAAACUGUACUGUAUCACAACUUACUGUAACACUGACAAAGAAAGCGACCUAACAUCUGAAGUAACAGAUAGUGGCGGAUCAAGACAACAGCCAUUAUAUUAGCCUUAUGACCAGAUAUUACCUAGUAGUGUAUGUGUUAUGGACAAUGAAAUUCUAAGAAUCUCAACGAAGAGUCAAAUGUUUUACAUGCGUUUGAUCCAUUGUCAGACUGUUUUACGUAGUGAAACAGUUAUGUCAGGAAUAAUGCCAUUAUAACAGCGUUAUAAAGGCAGCCUGCGACUGCCACCAUUCAAAAUGUAGUUCUCAACUAAGCUGCCAUUUAAUACUCAAAAGGAGAGUUUGACAUGCUGAAAGAGUAAACAAGUAACAGGACUAAUCCACCUUUAUACUGACUAUAAACUGAGUUUGCAUACAUGGGCCAGGAUUCAAUCCAAGGCGUGUUCAAGAGCAGCGUAAUGUAACAGACUUUUAAAGAUAAUGCAUGCUUUAUCUGACAUGUACAGUGUUUACCAUGAAUGCGAUCUCUGUGAACGUCGGGGAAAUGCCUUUAAAAGGUGCAUUGUCGACUGUUUAGUCCGCAGCUCUAUAACUCACCUUGGAUUGAAUCCCUGCUAUAGUCUUCUGACAUUUCGUUUGGCACAGGGUCCAUCUUUAUUCUGGCAGAAACGAUAACCCUACUUUGGGUCCACAAAAGGCUCCACUAAAGCAAAAAGAUGUAGGCCUUCCUUGUGAAAUAUUAACGAUCCAGCCCCACUGGACAUAGAGUAGUUACUUACUUCUGCAAUAUGGGCCAAUGUUUGCCUAGACAGACACACAUUCAAUCAAUUUAGUGUUGUACAAUUAAGACAACAUAUGUGCUAUUCAAUCACUAGUGCUGUACUGCAGAUGCUACACCAUGAUACACUCAAGUGUUUAGGUAGGCUUACAGAUGUUUGUUGCAGAAGGAAGAGUAUUGUGUUUCUACACACAUUUAGCAUUUGUUAGAAUCUGAGGUUAUGCUAAUGGAGAAGUGCUGUAUGUAAAUGUGUUUUAAAUUCCCUCUGGCUGCCAAAAACAUGUUUUUUUUGUUCAACUGUAUGUAGUUACAGGUUGUGGCAACCCUGUCUGUAGCUAAACACCUAUCGCUUUUUUUGGUACAGUUGUUUCAUUCUUUUUUUGGGAACAGAAUAUAAACUGAUAGGAGAUCCUAGCCGAUUAGGGAACUUUACUGCAUCUCAAAUGGCACCCUAUUCCCUAAAUAUAGUGUGCUACUUUAGUCAAAAGAAGUGCACUAUAGGGAAUGGGGAUCCAUUUGGGACACACCCCUUGUUUCAACGCCCACUUCAGAACAGCACCAAGAGACACUAAGAAGGACAAGGACUCCUCCCUCCCUUCCUGCCCAUGUACUUGAUUAUGUCCUCAUAAGUACACUCAACAAAAAUAUAAACGCAACAUGUAAAGUGUUGUUUUCAUGAGCUGAAAUAAAAGAUCCCCGAAAUUUACCAUACGCACAAACGCAUAUGCAUAUUUCUCUCAAAUAUGUUUACAUCCCUGUGCAUUUCUCCUUUGCCAAGAUAAUCCAUCCACCAUACAAUUGUGGCCUAUCAAGAAGAUUAUUAAACAGCAUGAUCAUCACCUUGUACUGGGGACAAUAAAAAUACACUGUAAAAUGUGCAGAAUUUGUCACACAACACAAUGCCACAGAUGUCUCAAGUUUUGAGGGAGCAUACAAUUGGCAUGCUUACUGCAGGAAUGUCCACCAGAGCUGUUGCCAGAUAAUUUAAUGUUAAUUUCUCUACCAUAGGCAUCCACAAUGUCGUUUUAGAGAAUUUGUCAGUACGUCCAACCGGACUCACAACUGUAGACCACGUGGGCGAGCGGUUGGCUGAUGUCAACAGAGUGCCCCAUGGUGGGAUUAUGGUAUGGGAAGGCAAAGCUACGGACAAAAAACACAAUUGCAUUUUAUCAAUGGCAAUUUGAAUGCACAGAGAUCCUGAGGCCCAUUGUCACCACAUGUUUCAGGAUGAUAAUGCACAGCCCCAUGUCGCAAGGAUCUGUACAUAGUUCCUGAAAGCGUCCCAGUUCUUCCAUUGCCUGCAUACUCACCAGACAUGGUUAACUGCCUUGUUCAGGGGCAGAAUGGCAUAUUUGUACCUUGUCAACUCUGGGAUUCGAUCUUGCAACCUUUCGGUUACUAGUCCAACACUCUAACCACUAGGCUACCUGCCAUCCCAAUGAAGAGGAGUGGGACAACAUUCCACAGGCUACAAUCAACAGCCUGAUAAACUCUCUGUGAAGGAGAUGUGUCAUGCUACAUGAGGCAAAUGGUGGUCACAUCAGAGACAGACUGAUUUUCUGAUCCACGGCCCUACCUUUUUUUUAAGAUGACCAACAGAUGCAUAUCUGUUUACGCAGUAAUGUGAAAUCCAUAGAUUAUGGCCUAAUUAAUUAUUUUCAAUUUACUGAUUUCCUUAUUUGAACUGUAGCUCAGUAAAAUCUUUUAAAUUGUUGCUUGUUGCAUUUUAUAUUUUUGUUCAGUAUAGGGCCAUCCACUUCAUAACUCCCCAGAAACUCCUUCAGGGAUAAGACAUCCUUGUGCUUCCAAACUCUGAGCUUUCAGAAGCAAGUGAUCUUUCAAAACUGACAUGAAUUUGACCUUUUUCUAGUUGAAAAUUAUUCAUAAUCCCACUUUGAACCUUGCCUUUCCUUUAGCUCCCUCCUCUCCCCCUUCUGAGUUAAAAAAAAUAACUACUCUGUUAUACUAUGAAAAUGGAGAUCUGACUGUUACUUUAUACACAGUCCUCUGUGAGAACAGAUAGAUUUGAGUGGAAGAGGUAGUCUUCCAGAAUAUCUGCUACCAUUCCACCCUUUCAAGCCCCUCUGGUUUAUGUCAAAAUGAAAACAAGGGUUUGACAUGAAGGCCGUUCACUUUACAGUCAUCUCAUAAAACAUAGUAUCCCAUGUUCUACGUUGCGGACAAACCCCCAAAAACAUGGGUCAUGCCCUGGUCAGGAGUCUUAGCAACACCAUGUACAAUAACCAUGCCAAUGCUGACUAGUGUGGCGAUGUAGUGGAAUCUUUACUUAGUACGUUUGCUUUAUGGACUCGCGAUUUAUCUCUAUCUGUUGUAUUUAUGUACUUAUUUAUUUUUUAGGUCAAAUCAUACUGAAAUGAAAUUUUUGUUUCUGUUGAGUCAUUGACGUUAUUGCUGUUUUUAUUCUGAUACCUGUUAUUUUUGUACUAUACUCUUAUUUUAUUCUAUUGAGUGAAAGGUUGUUAUUUUCAUCAGUUCUGUUGACUGGGGUAUUCUCAUUUUAUUACUCAUUUAUUUGUAAAUAGUAUUUCAAGGUGUUAUGUACAUAGAAUUUCCACCAGAUCUCAAAUGAAGCCAUAAACCGUAAUGUGUUUUAUCAAGGCAGUAAAAACACAAUGAUGAUGAUUAUGUUCAUUUUAUGUCUCUAAACAAAUGCAAGAACCCAACAAAUAAAAAUCUCUCUGAGCUCGCUUGA